GACAGGUUUAUUGGCUAGCUCCUCCUCUCCAGUUGGCUUUGUGACAUCAUGUGGACACAUCACACCUUAAACAAUGUUCCUUCUACAUCAUCCAGCUUCCAAGAACUCAACAGUGCCUUGAUGAUCACCCGCCAUUGAAUACAUGCCAACUUGCUUGAUACGUAUGUCCACCACGUGGACAAACAUAUCAUAAUAGCUGCUAAGAUGAUGGACGAUGCUGCUGUCCUCAAAAAAAGAGGCUAUGUCAUGGGAGGAAAUUUAGGAGAAGGCUCUUAUGCGAAGGUGAAAUCGGCUUUCUCUGAACGUCUCAAGUUCGACGUAGCUGUCAAAAUCAUCGACCGAAAAAAAGCUCCGUCAGAUUUUCUGGAGAGGUUCCUUCCGAGAGAAAUUGACAUCUUGGCCAGAGUCAACCAUCGGUCCAUCAUCAAAACCUAUGAAAUCUUUGAAACUUCAGAUGGCAAAGUUUACAUCGUGAUGGAGCUUGGCGCCCAAGGCGACUUGCUGGAAUUCAUCAAGACCAAAGGGGCGCUGCCUGAAGACAUUGCCCGGAAGAUGUUCCGCCAGUUAUGUGGCGCCAUUAAAUACUGCCACGACAAUGACAUUGUCCAUCGAGACUUAAAAUGUGAAAAUCUUCUCCUGGACAGAGAGUACCGAAUCAAACUUUCCGACUUUGGCUUUUCGAAGCGCGUGGUUCGGGACGAAGAAGGCAAAAUUAUCUUGAGCAAAACCUUCUGCGGCUCUGCAGCUUACGCGGCUCCAGAAGUGCUUCAAGGCAUUCCCUAUGAGCCCAAAAUUUACGAUAUAUGGAGUCUAGGGGUCAUUUUGUACAUCAUGGUCUGCGGCUCCAUGCCUUAUGACGACUCGAACAUUCGAAAAAUGCUGCGGCUCCAGAAGGAACACAGGGUUCACUUCCCCAAGUCCAAAAUCCUCACUGUGGAACUGAAAGAUCUCAUUUACCGCAUGCUCCAGCCUGAUGUGGGACGGCGUUUACGUAUCGAAGAUGUGUUAACCCACAUGUGGAUGCAGCCCCCAGCUAAACCCCGUGCGGACGGGAAAGAAGGAGAGUGCUCCCGGACUUUGACCGAACACAGGACAGCAUCGAGGAUAGAUCCAGAACCAGAGGCCAAACCAGGACCAUCUCCAGCCCAUGUGGAGCGAGAAGAGGCAGCAGCCGAAAAGGGGAAACGGGAUGAGCCGGACUUUGAGGUAACAGACCUCUAAGGCCAAGAGACAAAAUAACUGCCCUCAGUGCAACCAGGCAGCCCCAGGUUGUCUGAACAAACCAACAGGCAGGGAGGUCUGAGGAGAAAGGUAACCAUUUUUAUGGAAGAAACCUUUGGAAAGGGAGAGAGACUAAACGGGGGUGGGGGGGGGAGAGAAAAGCUUUCUUUAUAGCGCUGUUUUAAAGCAAUUCAAUUAAAUAUUUUCUAAAUUGAGACCUA